AUGGGUUUUGAGUUACCUUGGGACGGAAUCCUCGACAGAGACGUCUACGGCGACGGUGCGGAGCCGUGGAACGUAUUCUCCGACGCGGACGACGCCUACUGGCACACCAAGAAAGAAGGCGGCGCCACCAAGAAAACUAUCUACGUCUUCCCCAAACUCACCAAGGCGACGUCCAAGUCCACCCGGAAUUCCAGAAUAGCCGGUUGCGGCACGUGGAGCGGCCAAACCGGCCCCAAAGACAUCACGCAUUCCGACACCGGCGAGAUCAUCGGAUGCAUGAGAAUGCUGACGUUUAAAUGUUCCAAGGCGGCGGACAAGGAUUCAGGACAUUGGAACAUGCACGAGUACGCUCUUACCGACGCCGGAUUGACGGCGACCGGGCUAACGAGCACCGAUUUGGUGUUGUGCAAGAUCACCAAGACUAUCAAGAAGGCGUCUGAAGUUCCGGCGCCGUUUUGUUUCCCGUUGAUCGACAGUGGAACUCCGACAACGACGGGGAAGAGAGGUGGCGGAGACAUAGAGCAAGAAGGUUGCAAGAGACCUAAAUGCAGUGGUGACGGGUUUCUAGAGGCAGCGAUUAUGGACGAUUUCAACUUGGACGGCAUAGACUUGGACAAGUUAUAUUUUGAUUUUAGUUCAACUGAUUUUGAAUCUUUGUUAUGA